AUGCAUAUUCCAUUCUACUACACCCUCCUUUCCCUCCCCUUGGCCAUCCAUGCCGCCCCCUACCAGACCCGUAUCCUAGAGACCGGGACCACCUUCGUGUCCCCAGACCCCUACGGCCCGUGGCAAAUGCUCCCGGGCACGCCCCCCAACCUCGCCUACAUCAAGACCACCAACACGGGCACCGGCAAGGUUGAAGUGCACAUCGCCUCGGGGUCCUCGACCUACCAGACACGCACGCUGGAAGUCGGCUCGACCUACGUCUCCGAGGACAACGGCACCUGGCAACUCAUCGACACGGACGGCGACGGCAAACCGGACCUCGUGUACAUCAAGACGCGGAACACCGGCACCGGCCGCGUCGAGGUACACAUCGCCUCGGGAGCGUCGAACUAUCAGACGCGGAUCGUCGCCACCGGCACGACCUUCUACCCGGAGGACAACGGCGUCUGGCAGCUUGCAGACUUUGACCGCGACGGCAAGCCUGAUCUCAUCUACAUCAAGACGCGAAACACAGGGACCGGGCGCGUCGAGGUGCACGUCGCAUCGGGGGCGUCGAACUACCAGACGCGCGUGCAGGAAGUCGGUACGACAUUCUACCCCGAGGACAAUGGCGUCUGGCAGAUGGUGGACUUUGACCGCGACGGGAAGCUCGAUCUCGUGUAUAUCAAGAACCGGAAUACGGGGACAGGGAAGGUCGAGGUUCAUGUGGCGUCGGGGAGUUCGACGUAUCAGACCCGUGUGCAGGAGGUCGGGACUACGUUCUAUCCGGAGAAUAAUGGCUUCUGGGAGUUGAUUGAUUUUAAUGGAAAUGGGGUGUUGGAUCUCGUGUAUAUUAAGACGAAGGAGACGGGGACCGGCAGGGUGGAGGUUCACGUUGCGUCGGGGACGAAUUAG